GGUUGGAUGUGCCUGCAAGGUAGUACUGGUAGGGUCUCAUACUGGUUGGAUGAGGAGGAUACAAGAACUGAUACCCAGAACUCAGGCCCACAUGAAACAGUGAUUCACUGAGGUGGGGCUCAGUGGAGAAGGCAUGGCAUUUGAAUUUGAAUUUGAAAUGACUUCAAGCAGUCAGGUAGAUUUCAGCCGGGUUUUCUAGGACAGAGUGCUGCUUUAGUCUUGGAGACACAUGUGCAGGGAGUAGUGGGUUGUUUGAGGUAGCCUCUGCAAGUGGUGCAUAUUGGAGGGAAGGAAAGAUCAUGGCAGAAAAGCUCUCUAAUGGUGAAUUACAGGAACUGGCAAAGAGCAAGAAAUCCAGCAGUAUGCUGGUUCAUGCUUAGGAACAAAUGCAAAGUACAUUGAAAAAAAAAGUCAUCUUUAAGAAAGGUUCAGAAAGUGAGAAAACUAUAAGAAAACAUAAUGACUUGUUUUAGCAGAGAUAGCUGUCCUUAAUAUGGUUGGUGUCUGGGCAGUUUUUCUGCAUUUGACAUACUACUUGGAUUAUAAAGAGAAUUACACUGUAUAGUUUUUAUAACCUACUAACUUUCCUCAAGUAAUGUUUUAUAAUUAUUUUUAAUCAUUAGACAUGUUUUGAUCCUCUUUGUAAGAACAUGCUAUCCUAGGAACAGGAACUCAGCCUAUUGUAAUUGAGUUUUAAGCACUGACCCAUGGCAAAGCUUUCAAACCUUUUUAUAUUUUCAUUGUUAUAUUCAAGCAUUCUUAUAUCUUAUUGUAAAUCCGUGAUGAUUUCUUGAGGAUAAACGUGUUGCGGGAUAUUUGUUUGCUCUGUCCCUCCAAAACUGCCAAUAAACUGAAUCUUGAUUCAGAGGACGGAGUCAAUGCUCAGCCAACCAGAAUAAACCAUAAGAGUUUUUUGGCUGACUCACAUGGGGAGAGAGGAACACAGGGAGAAAGGAGGAGGGGCUUAGGAAUUUCGAGGACUUAUUUUGGAUCUUGGAAAAGCAGAAAGGAGGGUCAGAUGGGCUUUUCUCCAUCACUUUUUGAAUCUACCAGGUUCAUACCCUAUUAUCUGACUUCUGAGUUUUUAUUUAUAAGAGAAUAAUUUAGAUACUUGUUACAUAAAUGUAUGGAAAUGGAAUUCUUAAGACAAUACAAUUUUUAACUUUUUUUUCUAUGAAUUUUCAAGUUGUCCUCCUGAAACUUGGGAUAGUUUGCUAACAUUCUUUGUAGAACAUUAGCUUUUUGUUUAUUUUGUUUUGUUUUUAGACAGAACCUUACUUGUUCUGUAGUCUAGACUGACCUGUAACCCACAGUCCUCCUGAGUCGUGGGAUUACAGUUGUGUGUUGCUACACUUGCUUAGCUUGUUUGUUGUAGCAGUGUUCAUAACUGAAGCCAGGGCUUUGUGCAUACUAUGUAAGUACUCUGCUCCAUCUCCAGGCUUAGUAGGAGGACUUUCUUUUCAAAAACGACAUUUUCAUUAUAAAAUCCUUUUUAAAAUUUUUGUUUUUAGUUAAUAUUCAAAAUAGUAGGUUUCUUUGACAUAUUCAUACAUGUAUAUCUUUGUACUUUGUUCAUAAUUACCCUUCCCUGUCCCUUUUCCCAUUGUCUACCCAUCCUUCCCUCUCAUGCUUCCCUUCUGCUUCCAUAUCAUUGCACAUGCAUGUGUGUGUGUGUGUGUGUGUGUGUGUGUGUGUGUGUGUGUGUGUGUAUUGUGGGAUGUUCUGUAUGUCAAAUGUAUUGCUCUGAUUGGUUAAUAAAUGAAACACUGAUUGGCCAGUAGCCAGGCAGGAAGUAUAGGUGGAACAAGCAGAGAAGAGAAUUCUGGGAAGUGGAAGGCUGAGGAGAGAGACGCUGCCAGCCACCACGAUGAGAGAUGAGAAGCAGAUGUUAAGAUACCGAUAUUAGCAUUUGGCUAAACCAAGCACUUAAAGGAGUCCGAGAUCGCCAUGGGAAUAUGAUAGAAAACGCUCAUCUUCUCACAUUGUUCCACCGGCUCUGCAAACUCUUGUUUUUUCGUAUUCGCCCUAUUUUUGUAUUUGAUGGAGAUGCCCCACUGCUAAAGAAACAGACCUUGGCAAAAAGAAGGCAGAAGAAGGAUUCUGCAUCCAUUGACUCUAGAAGAACCACAGAGAAGCUUCUGAAAACCUUUCUGAAGAGACAGGCUCUGCAAACUGCCUUCAGAAGGAAAAGAAAUGAAGCUCUACCCAGUCUUACUCAAGUUCAGAGAAAGGAUGACAUCUAUGUUUUGCCACCUUUACAAGAGGAAGAAAAGCACAGUUCAGAAGAGGAAGAUGAAAAGCAGUGGCAAGCAAGAAUGGAUCAAAAGCAAGCUUUGCAGGAAGAAUUCUUUCAUAAUCCUCAUGCCAUCGAUAUCGAGUCUGAGGAUUUCAGCAGCCUGCCACCUGAAGUAAAGCAUGAGAUCUUGACUGACAUGAAGGAGUUUACCAAGCGAAGACGAACACUGUUUGAAGCAAUGCCAGAGGAGUCUAAUGAUUUUUCACAGUACCAGCUGAAAGGCUUGCUUAAGAAAAACUACCUAAACCAGCACAUAGAAAAUGUCCAAAAGGAAAUGAACCAGCAGCACUCAGGACAAAUCCAGAGACAGUACGAAGAUGAGGGAGGCUUUCUGAAGGAGGUGGAGUCAAGGAGAGUGGUCUCUGAAGACACCUCACAUUACAUCUUGAUAAAAGGUAUUCAAACUAAGAAAGUCAUGGAUGUGGAUUCAGAGGCUUCUCCUUCUUCCAGCAAAAGGCACAGCAUGUCCUUCGACCUGAAGUUGUCACCCCAUGAGAAAGUGAAGCCAGAGAAAGAACCAGAGGCCGCACCUCCUUCUCCAAGAACCUUACUGGCUAUGCAGGCAGCCAUGCUGGGAAGUAGCUCAGAAGAGGAGCCAGAGAGGGAGAGGGAUUCAUGGGCCACUGCAGAUGCAGGCUCCGUAUCACCACAGACCCUUGCAGCUAUUCAGAGAGCUCUGGAUGAUGAUGAAGAUGGGAAAGUGUGUGAGGGGGAUGAUGAGCCAACAGGAAGGGCAGUGGUGAAAGUGUUGGGUGGUGGUAAAGGUGGGGAAGUUUGUGCUGGGAGUGAUGAGCUGGCAGUGAGAACUCAGGUUGGAAAUAGGCCAAACCAGGAGCACAGUGAUGGAGCUGUAGCGAGAGGUGGAGGCGUGCCAUUUGUCACAGUUCCUGCUUUACCCACCGUGACUGUAGUAAAGGAGUAUGUGGUCAGCUCCAAUAGUGAAAAAGAACAGAUAGCCUCGGCUCAGUCAUUGAAUACUGCUUGUCACGAAGCUGGUGAAUGUUAUGCUCCAAAAGAACAGAUGCCACUUACUCAUGUGGUGAAUGAAGCAUCUCAGAUAAGCAGUGAGUAUGAGGUUGAGGGGAAGCAAGCUCCCCUUCCACCAGCAUGCACAGAACAACUGUGCAGUGAUGCCUCCGGACUCCUCAGGGAACCUCCAAUAAGAACACAUUCCGAUCAGAGGAUGGACACACACCCUGAAGAGCCCGAGCUGCAGAAAGGUCUCUACCCACCUGAGAGUAAAUGUGUUUCCUCUCGUUUUUCAAGUGAUGAUGAAACAGAAAGUGUACAAAAUACUGCUUCUAAAGCAUGGGGCACAGUUCACAUCCCUUCAGAGGCAAUGGAUAACUUAGAAAAGGCAUUGUCUUCUAAUGCUGAUGAACAUAGAGAUUCCCUGAAAACCAUCCAGCAACGGGAGAUGCCUGAAGCCACUGCCAGGGAAUUGAUUUUAGUCCCAAAGCCCAUGGAACCAAAGAAGAUGGAGUCUGGAGAAAGCGAGUCUGAUGGAAGUUUCAUUGAGGUACAGAGUAUGGUCAGUGAUGGUGAACUUCAAGCAGAGUCAUUGGAGCCUUCUAAACCUCCCUCUGAACAAGAUGAAGAGGAACCCAGAGGAACUCUGGAGGAAGGAAUCCCCAGGGACACAGAACACCUCCUACAGGACAGCUCUGACAGUGAGGACUUGGUCAAGGAAGAGCACAAAAAAACUGACGGAUAUGCUGAGGACUCACCUAAUGAAUGGCAAGAUGUUGAUUUGGAGGAACUAGACAUCCUAGAGAGUAACCUCUUAGCAGAACAGAAUUCACUGGAAGCUCAAAAACAGCAGCAAGAACGGAUCGCUGUCUCUGUAACGGGCCAGAUGUUUCUGGAAAGUCAGGAACUCCUGCGCCUGUUUGGCAUUCCCUAUAUCCAGGCUCCCAUGGAGGCAGAGGCGCAGUGUGCCAUCCUGGACCUCACUGAUCAGACUUCUGGGACCAUCACUGAUGAUAGUGAUAUCUGGCUGUUUGGGGCCCGGCAUGUCUAUAAGAAUUUUUUUAACAAAAACAAGUUUGUAGAGUACUACCAAUAUGUGGACUUUCACAACCAAUUAGGAUUGGACCGGAACAAAUUAAUCAACUUGGCUUAUCUACUGGGCAGUGAUUAUACUGAAGGGAUCCCAACUGUUGGCUGUGUAACAGCCAUGGAGAUUCUCAAUGAAUUCCCUGGACGAGGCCUGGACCCACUCCUAAAAUUCUCAGAGUGGUGGCAUGAAGCUCAAAACAACAAGAAGGUUGCAGCCAAUCCCCAGGACACCAAAGUAAAAAAAAAAUUACGGAAGUUGCAGCUGACACCUGGCUUCCCCAACCCUGCGGUUGCAGACGCCUACCUUAGGCCUGUGGUGGAUGACUCCAGGGGAUCGUUUCUAUGGGGCAAACCUGAUGUUGACAAGAUUAGAGAUUUUUGUCAGAGGUAUUUUGGCUGGAACAAGACGAAGACAGAUGAGUCCCUUUUUCCAGUACUAAAGCAACUGAAUGUCCAGCAGACCCAACUACGGAUUGAUUCCUUUUUUAGAUUAGCUCAACAGGAAAAACAAGAUGCCAAACACAUAAAAAGCCAGAGGCUGAACAGAGCUGUGACAUGUAUGCUAAGGAAAGGAAAGGAAGAGGCAACUAGUGAGCUGGACAAAGAGGUUGAGGCCCUGGAUAAGGCUAAAGGGAAAACCCCAAAAAGAAGCCUAAUGAGCCCAAGAGAGACAUCAGUCCCCCAAAGAAGGAGGUCUUCAGGAAGUGGUGGGUUUUUGGGGGACCCCCACCUCUCAGAAUCACCUGGGGAUUCAAGUGAGGAUGCAGAAGGUUCAUCUGUGAUGUGCACACGACAGAGAAGAACAGCUGAGUUGUCAAAAGUCAGCUGCUCGGAUUUGCCUGACGUAGUGAGAGAUGCUCACGGAAGGGAUGGUUUUAUGUCCACUAGCAGCUCCAGUGAGAGCGAUGGUGGCAAAACCAAGGCCGUGCUAGUGACUGCUAGACCUGUAUUUGGGAAGAAAAAAGGGAAGCUAAGGAGUGUGAGGAAAAGGAAAAGGAAAGCCAAAUUUUAAAAAGCCAGUGAUUUGGAAGAACAAUGUUUGUAAUGUAUUGAGAACAUAAGAUUAAAUCUAUUUGUACAAUCUC